UAUAAACUUUCCUGUUUGCGUACGAGAUUACCUUCUUCAGCGAAUUGUUAUUGUAAAACAGCGAUGAAACCGGUUUAAAGCAGAUCCUUGACUUAUAAAAUAAUCGAAUAACUACUAAAAGUACGAAACUGUCAUCGAGACAGUGUCAGCGCCCAUGUGACAUUUGUCUCAUAAAAAUGUGAUUAAAUGUCAAUUGACCUAUAUACACAGACAUAUAUUCUUACACGAAACUGCGUAUUAAACUUAUAAAAAGAAUCGCUAACGCGAAUACAAAGAAAAAAUAGUCAAGAUUAGUUAUGUUGUACUAAAUAUCUAUAGCGAUUGCACAACUGCAUUCAACGUAGGUAACAUACAUGUAUAUAAAAAUAUCUGUUUUUCCAAUCGUUACCGGAUAAUACGUUAAUUUGUUAACUUUCCAAACAUACAUAUUGUUAACGACAUUAUAAGGGAAACGUAUGAGACGUCAAGGAUUCUCAAUGAUUGGUAAUUUUUUCAAAAAUACGGGAAGGACAAUCGCAUUCGACAAGUCAGAAAACCGAUUAAAAAAAAGAGUCAAACAGAAGCGAUGCAGAUUCACGUACCUGAUGUUAACGCAACCAACUAUGACAGGCCGUCCACCAUUUGCAACUCACAAGUAGACCGAACUACGUCCUCCUAAAAUAUAUCCGACAAACAGACCUCAGCGCACCUAACGACUAAAUAUCGCAGGCCCGUCUCACGAUAAUCGGAUUUAAAAAUUUACCGAGUGUUACGCUAACUUUUCGUUGCUGUUCUCUAUCAUCAGAAGAUUUUACAGCUGCUUUUAAAUUCGUUACCAACUGACGAACAUUUCUAAUUCACUACACAUUCCUCAUGAAUAUGUAUUACACCCCUAAAUAAUGAUAACAAAAGUGAAUGUGCAGAACUCUAAUGCACGGACAAUUGUUCUAUUGAAAAUUUCAAAGAACAUUCUUAAAAAUUUGAUUAAUUCAAUAUAAAUAUAAAUAAUUAGAUUAUGAGCUUUUAAAUGAAAAUAUUAUACACUUAAAUGUAUGUACGUUUCAGAGUUAACAUUCGAAUGAUACGAUACAUAUUAUAAAAACCAUUAAAUAAAAAUUGAACUCUCCCAAUUAUAUUAAAAAAAUGACAUCUAGUUGAAUAACAGAUUAAAUUGAAUCUGUGCAACGCCUGUGUUGUAUUGGAGAUAUUGUUUGUUAAAAAUCUAGAUUUUCCACAAAUGGCUUUUAACAAAUGAUAAACGAGUCAAAGACAAAAGAUUCGUGCAUAAAAAUGUAAUCGGUAUACGAUAAGAGGGUAACCUGGGAAUUCCAGUAUUCUCGUAUUUUUAUAACUUCCUUUUAUUUUUGUAGUAUUACAAAUUUUUUACCUAUUCGAAUAUUAUCGAUUCGUUUUAUUAUUCUAUAAUGAUUAUUCGAUAAAUAAACGAUGAAGUUUAACUGAGGAAAAAAUGGAUGAUAAUAAGACGAAAAAAGGCUUUCCUGUUCAAGGCAUGGAAGAAUGGUUAUAUCAAACAAAUAUAAAAUGUCACUCCCUAAAGUCCCAUAUGGAUUAUAUGAAGUUAGCAUGCCAUAAUAUACAACAAGAAAUACUUAAACCAAAAAACACAUUUGAUGUUCCAAGUUAUCAUAAUCCUAAAAUUAAACUUUCUGAUACAGAUGAAUCUGUGACUUCCAGACAAAUGAAUUGUAAUGAUUCAUUAGAAAAAUCAUCUAAUGCCACAUACGUAUCUAUAAAUGACAAUGGAAAUUUGGAAAACUACAGUCCAUCCCAGAGUCUAAAAUUAAGAAAUAUUUUACCUAAAGUUAAUGUACAAUACAGGGAUAAAGAGAAAAUAGAAAAUAAAAGUAUUGAAAUAAAAUUAGAAGCUGAAAAAGAUGACGGUUCUUAUGAACAAGUGCAGAGUCCUCGUAUUCAAUGUACACCUUUAUUGCCAAUUCAUAAAGACUUUAUGUGUGAAAAACAAAAUGACACGUGGCAUGACUCAUAUCAACAACACCUAACAGAAUAUUCACCAGAAUUAACGCAAAAUAUGGAUCACUCGGCAAAAUCUUUCAAAGAAUCAAUUAUAGGUAAUAAGAAUAAAUUAAAUAUCCAUGGUAAUGUGAAAAAUGGAACUGGUGGUAAGAGUAAAGUUUAUAAAAAAAAUGAGAAGAAAGAAAAAAUAGCUUUUUCCACAUUAUCAAGCAAAAAGAAUUCUGUGUCUAAAAUAGAUGAUAUUGUUUCAUUAAAAUUAAAAAAAAGAAGAAGAAAAUUACACAAUGCUAAUUCAAAAAGUACUGUUGCUACAAAUUGCACUGGAAGAAAAGAUCUGAAGAAACGAAAACAAAAAGGUGUUAUUAAUACUCGUCAUACAUCAAAGUAUCCUCAGGCCUCUAAUGAAGUGGUUGAGAUUUAUCAUAAUUCAGCAUUAAAGGAUGGUAGUACUUCUCUCAGUUUUAUUAACUACUCCAAACUUGAUUCUCAUACGAACUAUAGUAACAAAUUAUCCUUAGGUGCAAAUAAACAACAAAAUAUUCAUCCGAAAACAAAAUGUGAUGAUACUAAUUAUCAAUGUAACUAUAAUACUGAUAAAGGCAAUGGAUCAAAUAGUCCUUUGAAACAAUGUCAGUCCAAACAGAAAAUUGAAGAAAAGGGAACAAACUUUCAUAACCAGAAUUGUGUAUUGGAGUUUCCAACUGCUCCAGUGCAUGCAAUGAAAAAAUGUAAUUCUCAUCAGUGUCAGCAGUCAAUUAUGCCAGCAUCAUACUGUAAUCCUAUGAUUACUCAUAGUUAUGAAAUGCCAACAUUGGCUUCAAAAUUGAAAAGAGUAAAUCGUACAUACUUUAGUAGAUUCACUAUUAAAAACAUACCAUUUGUAGUGGGUACUUCAGUGACACCAAGCCACAAUUUAGGUUUAAAUAUACAGCAAGUUUUAAGUAUAAUGAAAACAAGACAAUCUACACUAAAUGGGAUUACUCCUCUCCUCAUUCGUAAACUUAGUAGAGGUAUGAAGCCUGUAUCUCCUUUUACGGAUCAAAUGAAUGAUCAGUAUACUAAGUUACCUCCAAUGAAUUCUCGACUAAUUAAUACAUUUGUACACAAAGCAAAUUCGUUUCUAAAUGAACCUUUUAAUUUAUUUGAAAAUGAAAGUGUAUCUUUAACUUAUGGUGCUAAAACAUUAAAUAAUUUCAAUCUAAACGUGAAUUUAACGAAUAUGGAAGAAACAGCCAUUAAUGGAAAAAUUGAACACGAGAGUUUCCUGAAAAAGGAUACUCAAUCAGAGAAUCAAUUGAAUGCAGAACAAGUAUUGCACAACACAGACAAUGCAAAAGUAUUAAAAGUAUUUUCAUCUCAGCAAAAUGUAAAGACGCAAAUGAAAAUUCAGAAUACUCAUCAAAUACAGUCAAUAACGUGUAGAGAAAAUCAAAAUUCCAAUGGAAUACGGGAAGUCCUUAUCAAUCUGCAUGAUCAGUUUGAAGAAAUGAAUACAAAAUACGAGAAGUUACAAACAGAAUUAGAGAAGAGUGAUGACAAAAAAUUGAAGGGAGAAGUAUCACAACUCGAAAAGGAAUUAAGCAUAAAGGAGGAUGAGAUAAACGCCGUUAUUAAUUUAUAUAAAGAGGUAAUGGCAUUAAAACAACAAAUGAGACUGCUACAGGAAAAGAAUAGUUACGUUUGCAUAUCAAGUGAUGUUCCAAUAGGACUGAGCAACCCUCAUUCUCCCAUACCUUUUACAUUAACUAAAUCUAAUGGAACAAUUCUUCAACAAAAACAUCCUAGAAAAGGAAGUACCAUUAUUACAACCAGAGAACCUACCUCCCUUCGAUUAGCUGGACUCUUAAGGCAAAUUCAAACAUUUCAAAAACAAUUGAGACUAUCCUCGUGAUAACGAUACAUGAAAUUCUCUAGGUGAGUUUCAUUCAUCAAUAACUAUACUUUUUGUAUGAAAAUUAUCGAUCUUUUAUGUGUAUGUAUAUAUAUAUAUAUAUACAUACAUACAUACAUAAUGAAUCCAUAAUAAAUCCAGGACACUGCUCUAUUCUUUACAUUGAAAUAAUUACAAAACAACAUAAAUAAGUGACACUGCUGAUUAAUAUUCGUCAUAAGCACGGACCCGAUAUCUAGUAGAAACUCAUUAUUACAAAUAUACAGUGUACAGUAAAUAAAAUUUAUAACACGUUCCCCUGAACAAAUAAUCAAGUUUCUCAAGCGCAUUUCUCACACACUCGUAUCAUUAAAAAAGGAUGGAAUUUAAAUGAAAUAUAUCAGGAUUGCUUAUUAUAGUGAGGAAAAUAUUUGUAGUGGUUCGUAUUCUCCUUUUAUUCGAUUCUGCGUGCUAUCUCUUAUAACGUAUAAUAUUGAUUUGUAUAUGCAUAUGGUCUUAUGUAUUUAUGUAUGCAACUGCUUGUAUCUAUACAUACCGUGUAUAUGUAUAUACAUAAUCACACGUUUACGAACUUGAAGGAUAAUUAACACUUUCGCUAAUUAUAAUUCAUCCCUUGUCUUUUACCGUCAGUUUUUAUGCGCCUAUGUCUAAUACAUGAUCGAACAGAAAACUUACCGUUAACAUAUUAAUUUUUAUCGUUCGGUGUCAGCACUAAUCUCGUGAAAAAUUUGUUAUUUGAACCGUUGUCGCGAAACGUGUCGUUCGUUUCGUUUAAUCAGAAUUCUGUCUGUAUAUCCGUGUCGACUAAUAUUGUCAACGCAACACGAAACCCGAUUAUUUCUCACAAGCAACUGCACAGAUCCGUUUCAUUCUUUUCUCGUCGCGGAUCAUUUUCGCACCCGCGAAAAAGAGAGACCUCGUCUCCUACAAGCUAGAAAAAUCUCCUCCACACGACGUUAAUACAAAAUGUAGUCUUAUUUCUAAGACGUUACUCUCUUCCUUGUUCUACUUGUAAUGAUCACUGCCCGUACACACGAAAUCUAUCAAAAUAAAAUAUUUCUGUGAUAUCGAAUAUAAAAUAAGUUUCUUUCUGCACCGAUCGGUUCGGAACACGAGUCGCUGUGAUAAUCACUGGAAAUCGCGGAGACGGGAAAUUUU